AUGGCUCUGUGGUCAGUGGCCCGUGUAACUGCCCCAUUACAGACUUUACUGCCUCUGGGGUCAACAGGAGUGGGACGGAGCGGCCAUGACCCUCUGGUUUACUGUCCCACCUCUGCCCUCUUCUCUUCGUGUGAACGUCAGAACAUCUGCAAACCGGACCAGGCUUCACCACAUUCACCAAACUGGGCUCUCGCAUUAGCUGAGCGGCGAGCGUACAGAGAGGCCGAGACCAGCCUGAUGGACGACCUAUCAGAGCAGGACUUUCAGAAGGAGGUGGAGCCGCCCAGUCCAGCGCCACCGCCAUCGCAGCAACACACUGACCCCGCCUCCCCCACCGUCGCCAUGACACCAGAGCCAGCCGCUCGGGGAGACCAGGCCACGCCCAGAGAGAUGGAGUAUCAGGACGGCCGCGGCUUCGGCAUCGGCACCCUUGUGUUUGGGAAGCUGCGGGGGUUCUCCUGGUGGCCCGGGCGGAUCGUGUCCUGGUUGGUGAGCGGCAGGAGUCGGGCGGCGGACGGCACGCGCUGGGUCAUGUGGUUUGGUGACGGCAAAUUCUCAGUGGUCUGUGUGGAGAAACUGAUGUUGUUCAGCUCCUUCUCUGCGGCCUUCCACCAACCCACCUACAACAAACAGUCCAUGUACCGCAAAGCCAUCUUUGAAGCGCUGCAGGUGGCCAGCACUCGGGCUGGUAGACCCCUCCCUCAGAGCGACAGCAGUGAUGAGGGCGAGGUCCUGGAGCAGCAGAGCAGACACAUGAUCGAAUGGGCCAUGACCGGGUUCUCACCGGGCGGACCACAAUCACUGGAUCCUCCUGAGGAGGAACAGAACCCAUAUAAGGAAGUGUACCAUGAAAUGUGGGCGGAGCCUGAGGCCGCCUACACUCCGCCUCCUGCUAAAAAGCCACGUAAGAACGCCGCUGAGAAAGGGAAGAUCCGAGAGGUCGUCGACGAGGGCACAAGAGAGAGGUUAAUAUCUGAAAUAAAAAACAAGAGCAGAAACAUAGAAGAUAUUUGCAUCUCUUGUGGAAGCCUCAACGUGUCCUUGGAGCACCCUCUCUUUAUGGGCGCCAUGUGCCAGGGCUGCAAAAACUCGUUCCUGGAGUGUGCGUAUCAAUACGACGACGACGGAUACCAGUCCUACUGCACCAUCUGCUGCGGAGGCAGAGAAGUGCUCAUGUGCGGGAACAACAACUGCUGUCGGUGCUUCUGUGUGGAGUGUGUGGAUCUUCUGGUGGGCACAGGCUCCGCGGCCCUCGCCAUCCAGGAGGACCCCUGGAACUGCUACAUGUGUGGGCCGCGCAGCGUGUACGGCGUGCUGCGGCGGCGGGACGACUGGCCCUGUCGCCUCCAGCACUUCUUUGCCAACAACCACGAGCAGGACUUUGAACCGGCAAAAUUAUAUCCUCCUGUCGCCGCAGAGAAACGGAAACCAAUCCGUGUGUUGUCCCUGUUUGACGGCAUCGCUACAGGUCUGCUGGUGCUGAAGGACCUGGGUCUGCAGGUGGAUAAGUACGUGGCCUCAGAGGUCUGUGAGGACUCCAUCACUGUGGGGAUGGUCCGACACCAGGGACGCAUCAUGUACGUGGGGGACGUCCGGAACGUCACACGCAAACAUAUUGAAGAGUGGGGGCCGUUUGACUUAGUGAUCGGGGGAAGUCCCUGUAACGACCUGUCGAUAGUGAAUCCUGCUCGAAAAGGCCUUUUUGAGGGGACAGGGCGGUUGUUUUUUGAGUUCUACCGACUUCUGCACGAGGCUCGGCCCAAACCUGGAGAUGAGAGGCCUUUCUUUUGGUUGUUCGAAAACGUAGUGGCCAUGGGGGUCAGUGACAAACGGGACAUAUCACGCUUUUUAGAGUCCAACCCUGUCAUGAUCGAUGCUAAAGAGGUCUCCGCUGCACAUCGCGCUCGGUAUUUCUGGGGGAACCUGCCCGGCAUGUCCAGACCUCUCACUCCGAUGGUGAACGACCGGCUGGAUCUGCAGGAGUGCCUUGAACACGGCCGCACGGCAAAGUUUGAGAAGUUGCGAACGAUAACGACACGCUCCAACUCUGUGAAGCAGGGGAAAGACGAGCAUUUCCCCGUCUACAUGGACAGCAAGGAGGACAUCCUGUGGUGCACGGAGAUGGAGAGAGUGUUUGGUUUCCCCGUGCACUACACCGACGUGUCCAACAUGAGCCGUUUGGCGAGACAGCGGCUCCUGGGGCGCUCCUGGAGCGUCCCGGUCAUCAGGCACCUGUUCGCACCCCUGAAGGAGUACUUCGCCUGCAACUAG